AUGUCGAAAUCUGCCCUUGUCUUCGGCGCCUCGGGCGUCACUGGCUGGUCUUUCGUCAACGAGAUCCUGAACGAUUACCCUGAGAAGAACGUGUGGAAACGCGUCCAUGCACUCACAAACCGUCCUCUUUCUCAGGAGCAAUCGCAAUGGCCCAACGACCCACGAUUGAAAAUUGUUUCUGGGAUCGACCUCCUAGACGGCAGCCAGGAAGACCUUGAAAGCAACCUCAAAGCCAAAAUCACAGACAUCUCCGAAGUCACGCACGUCUACUAUCUCGCCUACAAAGCCGGCACAGACAUGCAAAAAGAGCUCGAAGAAGCAAUCGCCAUGUUCAAGCGCAGCACACUCGCCAUGGACCAUUUGAGCCCCAGUCUAGAGUUCCUGGUCUUGCAGACCGGAGCGAAGAUGUAUGGCUGCCACCUCCUCGAAAAUCACCCCACGGACUACCUCCACGUCCCGCACAAAGAGUCUCAGCCCCGCCUCAAGCAACCCUAUCACGACAUGCUCUUCUACCAUCCGCAGCUCGACUGGCUCGCCGAGUACGCAAAGGACAAGAGCUGGAAGUGGAUCGACACGCGGCCCGACAUCAUCAUCGGGUUUGUCCCGAACCAGAAUUUUUACUCGCUGGGUGGAACAGGCACUGUAAUGGCAAUCUACCUCAGCCUCUGGCGCGAAGUGCACGGGGACAAAGCCGAGGCGCCGUUCCCUGGCACCGAGGCCUCGUGGAAGGCACUCAGCAAUGAUAGCUCCUCCGACAUGAUCGCACGACAAACACUGUACCUCUCUCUGAACCCCGGAAAGAUAGAAAACGGCACCGGGUACAACGUCGCCGACGAGCGGACGCCGUCCUCCUGGUCCAAGAAGUGGCCCGCGCUGUGCUCCUACUUUGGCCUCAAAGGCACCGGCCCGUCCUCCAAUCCACCCGAGAUGCGCAAGUUCAUCAAGGACAACAUUGGGGCGUGGAAGAAGUUGGAGCAGGAGAAGGGACUGCAGAGUGGGCACGCAGAUAGCGAGAAGACAUAUCCGGGCUUCGAGUACUUUUUGAUGACGCAGUUUGAUUUUGAUCGGCAGUAUGAUAUGGAGAAGAUGUAUGGGACGGGGUUUAGCGAGGAGAGGGAUACUUUGCAUGCGUGGGGGUUGGUGUUUGAUAGGAUGAGGAAGGCGAAAAUCAUUCCGUAG